AAGUAAUUACCAAAAUCAUCCUCAAAAUCAUCAAACUUUUGGAACGUUACAUCCAUGCACCUAACAAAAAAUGUUCAGUUUCAGUUUCCAAUCCUCGAAAAUGAUUCCAAACCCAAAAAUCACCAUUGAAUUAGAUUGAUUCCCUUCUCUACAUGCAUUUAGGAUGAACCAUUUAUUCAUUCUAUCUACAACCUUAUUACAAAGCCUUUGUUUUUUUAUCUUUCUUUGAAGAAAUCCAACAAAAAAAAAAUAUUGAAUUUUGAUCAAAUCCAUAAUGACCCAGAUGAUGAAAAACUCAAUUCCAUGGCCAACAAUUAUGGUUGUAAUAUCAUGGUACACUUCAAACAUUGGUGUUCUUCUAAUGAACAAGUACUUGUUAAGCAGCUAUGGUUACAAGUUCCCGGUUUUCCUCACCAUGUGUCACAUGAUGUUGUGUUCAGUUUUCAGUUACGUUGGAAUUUCUGUUAUGGAUAUUGUACCUUUGCAGAAUGUGCAAUCUAAGAAUCAGUUGUUCAAGAUCUGUGGUUUGAGUGUUGUGUUUUGUUUCUCCGUUGUUUGCGGGAACAUGUCGUUGAAUUAUAUUCCGGUGUCGUUUAAUCAAGCUAUUGGUGCUACUACACCUUUUUUCACCGCUGUUUUUGCUUAUGUUGUGAGUAGAAAAAGAGAGGCUUGGGUUACUUAUGCUACUCUUUUGCCUGUUGUUGCUGGUGUUGUCAUUGCUAGUGGGGGUGAACCAAGUUUUCAUCUAUUUGGAUUUAUAAUCUGUGUUGCAUCAACAGCUGCCAGAGCAUUUAAAUCAGUGCUUCAAGAUAUUUUGUUGUCUUCGGAAGGAGAAAAGUUGAAUUCUAUGAACCUGUUGCUUUACAUGGCACCUAUAGCAAUGUUGGUCUUACUCCCUGCAACAUUGUUGAUAGAGGGAAACGUGCUUAGAAUCACUAUGGAGCUUGCUAGUGAGGAUAUCAGAAUUUUCUGGUAUCUACUUUUGAGUUCCUCUCUUGCAUAUUUUGUGAACCUCACAAAUUUUUUGGUGACCAAAUAUACAAGUGCACUUACCCUUCAGGUGUUGGGAAAUGCAAAGGGAGCAGUUGCCGUGGUGAUCUCAAUUUUGAUAUUUCAAAACCCUGUUUCAAUGAUAGGAAUGCUUGGCUAUGUUCUCACCAUUAUUGGAGUUAUAUUGUAUAGUGAAACCAAGAAGAGAUUUACUUAGAAACUAGUAAAAUUAACAUGAUCACAAUCGAAGAGGAUUCUGUAAUUUACAUAUGAGAGGACCACCACCCCACCCCCACCCCCAACUUAUUUUUCCCUGGCUGUAGGUAUAUUGGCCGUAAACCUUUCUCUGUAUCGUUCCAAUUUUAUAGAUGUCCUCGAAGGGACAUAUUGACCGUUCGUUCCAAUUUUAUCAAAUGUCCUCGAAGGGACAUAUUGACCGUAAACUUUUAGAUGUGGGCUUGAGUUUCAUUGAUAUUUCUUAGGUAGUCAUUGUCAAUUUGCUUUGA